AUGCGCAGCGAGCAGCAUCCAAACGACAGAGCUUCUUACUUGGUUCUCGUGCUGGGAUUGAUGCUCUGGAUCCAAGUAAGUCCCGUGAAGUCGAAGUCUCACGCUCCGGAGCUCGAGGUUCUGAAUGAGGCCGGGAGCAGUCGCGGGAACCGGAGCUUUGUCGAGAACAUGGGCGACGCCGGGGCCAAGAGUGUGCUCAAGCAGGCACUGAGAUUCACCACCAGACUGCUCCAAGUGAGCUCCUCGGGCAGGAGAAAGAUUGUUCUGGUUAUUAGCACGCUGCCCGAGGGGGAGACUGCGAGCACCACCACCAUCGACAACAUGUCAGUCAUUGAGAUCAGCCAGCAGCACCUGGGGGAGUUUCAGGGAGACGUUACCCGAGAGAUCGAGGGGCUCAUCUACGAGCAGAUGACCAAUGCUUGGAUCAACGGUAUUGGUGCCGCUCCUUCGGGACUCUUGACGGGCAUCGCAAAGUUCGUGCGCCUGAAAGCCGGCCUCCCACCGGACAACCAGUUCGAGCCGGAUGAGUUCGUGACCAGCACCAAAGGCCCCUGGGACGUUGGCUCGUAUGCCACGGCACACUUCCUCGUGUACCUGGAAGACUCGUUUCAGUCCGACUUCGUAGCUUUGAUCAACAGGAAAAUGGCAGACGGGUGGGAUGAGAGCUUUACCUGGCAAAUACUUGGCUUGAGCGUUGAGAAGUUGUGGCAUGAAUGGUCCAUGGCUCCACAUCCUUCUCCUGUAGAUUCCUUCGUCAUCGGAGGUGUACUCUCCAGUGCCGUGGUUGCGAAUGUUUCUAGUAUCUGUCUUCUUGUUUUGUUUAACUUGGAACUUUCAGAUAGAUAG